CCCCCCGCCCCCCCGCCCCCUCCGCCCCGCCGGGCCCCUUAAAAGGAGCUCGCAGCCCCAUGGCGAGUUACUCCGCCGCUGGGGAGCGAGGGGUACGGAGGUGGUGGCUGGAGUCUGAGACUGAGGCUGGGAAGGAGACACUAGCCCCAGUGCCCGGUGGCAGCGGCAGCAGCACCAUCAUCACCAUCGCCAACAGCAGCAGCAACAACAACAGCAACAGCAACAACAGCAAUAGCAGCGGCGGCGGCGGUGGCUCCGGUUCGAGCUUCGGCUCCGGCUUCGGUAGCAGCGGCGGCUCGAGCUCCGGCUCGGGCUCGAGCUCGGGCUCCGGCUCGGGCUCCUUGAGCUCCGGCUCCUCCCCAGGCAUCGGCGUCGGUGACAACAGAGGCAGAGACAUCGGGAGCGGCGGCAGCAGAGGCAGAGGCAUCGGCGGCAUGUGGAGGGGCGCAGAGGACGGCGCCCGCUGCUGCUCCCCGGAUCGCGGGGACCCGGGCCUAACGCAGCUGCUGCAGGCGGCCGGAGACGAUGUCCGCAAAUGUGGCUACCUGCGGAAACAGAAGCACGGCCACAAGCGCUACUUCGUGCUUCGAACGGCCAGCCGCCUGGCCCCGGCGCGCCUAGAGUACUACGAGAGCGAAAAGAAGUUCCGCAACAGUCUCCGCGCCGCUGCCGCCGCCGCCGCGGCAGCUGGAGGCCCCUCCGCGGGCGCAGCGGCGAGUGUGCCCCCCGCGGUGCAGCCCAAGCGCGUUAUCCCCCUGUAUCAGUGCUUCACGGUGAGCCGCCGCGCAGAUGCCAAGUACCGCCACCUCAUCGCCCUCUACACUAAGGACGACUACUUCGCCAUGGUGGCCGAGAAUGAGGAGGAGCAGGAGAGCUGGUACCAAGCGCUGAGUCUCCUGAUGGGUCAGAGCAAGACGCGAAGCUCCGGCGACGGGGGCGAAGAUGACGAUGACACCAACGGUGGCGGCGGCGGCGGCGGCGGCAGCGGCGGCGGCGGCGGCGGCGGCGGCGGUGGCGGCAGCGGCGGCGGCGGCGGCAGCGGCCGAGACGGCUUGGGCGCCCGAGAGAGGGGCGCCGCCGGCGGCAGUGGUAGCGGUGGCGGCAGCGGUGCAGGUGCCUGUGCCAGCGCCAGCGCCAGCGCCAGAGCCAGCUCCAGGGCCAGCGCCAGAGCCAGCGCCAGAGUCAGCGCCAGAGCCAGUAGCGGUGCCAGAGCCAGAAUCGCUGUGGGUGAGAUGGUAGAGGACGGGAGCGCCUUCAGGGAGGUGUGGCAGGUGCAUGUGAAACCCAAGGGGCUGGGCCAGACCAGGAACAUGAGCGGCAUCUAUCGCCUGUGCCUGUCCAGCAAGGAGGUGCACCUGGUGCGUCUGAACUCGGAUGCGCCCACCAUUCAGCUGCAGCUGCUCAGCAUCCGUCGCUGCGGCCACUCGGAGCACUUCUUCUUCCUCGAGGUGGGCAGGUCAUCGUCCAUUGGCCCUGGGGAGAUCUGGAUGCAGGUGGACGACUCAGUGGUGGCUCAGCACAUGCACGAGACCUUCCUGGAAACCAUGAAAGCCCUCAAGGCCUUUGCCGACUUCAGGCCCCGGAGCAAGAGCCAGUCGUCCUGCUCCAACCCCAUCUCGUUCCUCUCCACCAGGAGGCACCUGGGCUACCUGCAGCCCUGUCUGGGUAUGUCCCGCAGGUCCCGCACCGACAGCGUAGCCAGCACCCCGCCCUCCUGCAAGGGCAACACUUACCGAUUCCGCGCCUCCAGCGAGGGCGACGGCACCAUGGACAGACCCUUCCGAACGGUCACCGGAAGCCUGAUGCAGUUGAACCCCGGCCGCAUGAACCCGGCCCGCCCGGAAAGUGGCAGGUACGUUCGCGCCGCUUUCAAUGGUUGCUGUCACUCUCACUCUACCUCCUUGCCAGUGUCUCCCUUUCCCUCCGGGUCCAGCCCAGCCCCAGGAACCUCGACCAGGCCUUCGAGCUCCAUGUGUGGAAACCCGGGUGAUGGUGGCGCAGCCUCCUCCGAUGAUUACGGCUCCAGCCCGGGAGGAAUGAGGUAUUUACGAGUGAGAAACGGGACCCCGGACUCCGUGGGAAACACCCCACCCAUCCGAGAAGAACGCGCCUUCACGAAGUACGUGGCGCCGAAUAAACAGCGCGCCAAAGACGGUGCCAGAGGCAAUCAUAUGGAACCCGAAAAGUGCUGUAAGAGAAAAACUUUCUCCCUGGCUAAGCCACCGGCUGUAACCACGCAACAAAAAACAACACAGACCUCCGCUUUGGAUAUCGAGUCUCCUGGAAACUCCAGGCUGCUGCUCCCCUCCUCCCAGUCGGUGCGAUCGAGAGAGACCCCCAAGCUGGAGCACGGUGAGAAUGGGUCCAAUCGCAACCAAAGCAGAAACAGCAAAGCUGAGGAUGAAGGUUACAUGUCCAUGAUGCCAGGAGUGGCCGGCCCCCUCAAAGGCAACAGCGAUUACUUGCCGAUGGCUCCUAAAGGUGCUUCUGCCUCCAAACCCACCAGUUCCUCGUCAUCCUCACAGAAAGACUCCCGCGGCUACAUGAUGAUGUUUCCAAGAGCUAGCAGCGUCUCACCGGGCCGCCAUGCUCGUGGCGCCUUCUCCUCCAGGGGGGCGAGUCAUAAGGAAGAAGAUAAUGAAUACAUGGAUAUGUCCCCGGGCCAACCCCUGGCUCCCCGGCAGUCUCACGAGGGCAAUUCUCUGCACCUCCCCUCCUCCUUUUCCAAAAGUUUGAGUUCGCUCUUCUCCCUGCCAAAAAGUUUCCGCACGAUAACCGAGCAUAGUGACGACAGCGACUACGUCCCGAUGGCAUCACCUGGAAGACUCCUGAGCACCGUCCCGGAAAAGGGCCGAAGCGGAAGCGUGCCCCCCAGGGACAUUCCUAGAGCUCCUCCAACUUCGAAAGCUUCCGACGGGGGACUCCCACCAAGGAAGGCUUCGAGACCUACCAAACUCCCUCUCGGCACAAGAGGAAGCAGUGUUCCGCGAGUCUUUCAGCGUGGCCUGAGAGCAGAGAGCCCUGCGGAGUACGUCAACAUGGACUUUAGCAGGAACGCAAGCAGUACACCCCGCUGCCUCUCAGGCGAAUGCUCCCCCUCGUCUUUGGGCUCCUGCCGUGACCACACACAGUCACCCUUUUCCGACUGCAUGGGUUUUGCCAUGGAUGUUAACUCGCCCAAAGCUGCCAAGGAGCUCGCCAAUACCUUAAAGCUGUCGGGUUCCAAGCUGCCCCGAAACCAGCUAACUCGGGACUCUGCUAGACGUCCACUUGGUGCUGCUGCCCGCAUUAGUACCCCCACUAACGACGAUGAUGAUGACUACACCGAGAUGAAUUUCAACCCAGCGGCGUCCGCAGCAGCCGCGCCUUCUGCUGUCCGGAGCAAGGAGCCUGUCAAAAUCGAUAGCCCUUCAGCCGCUGUGAACCGGCUCCGCAUUGCCGACGACUCUUCCGAGGGCCGCACUUUCUCCCUCCGCGAUCCCCGGCCGCCGCCAGCCGUUAUUCCCCGGGCGGUCCGAGCCGAGCCGCAGGGCAGAAGACGCCACAGUUCGGAAACUUUCUCUCGCGCUGGAGCCGCAGCCACACCUUCCUCCCCGUUCUCCGAUAGCGGAAGGCAGUCUUCUGUCUCCUUCGACAGCGUCUGGUCCAGCUCCGGCCAGGGCGCUCCCGAUCCCGAGGAGACGAGGAUGUCCCGGGUCACCUCGGCUGGCUUUCAGAAUGGCCUCAACUUCAUCGCCGUCAGCUUCCGCGACGCCGCUGCUCCCGCUGCUCCCCCCAGAAGGAGGGUCAGCUCGACCGCUCCCAGUGCCCAGCGGGGGAAUGGUGCUUCCGAUCUGGACAGUGGCACUUACGUAACCAUCGACUUCUCCAAAGAUGACAUCUUCCAGCGCACUUCUUCGAGAAAAGACUGAUUACAUUGCCAUGAAAAUUGAUUUUAGAAGAAAGUGUUGGUUGUGGAAUUUCAGCUGGUAUCCUCAAGACCUACCGUUGGAGAGACCAGAAGUUUCUGAAGAAAAAGCAACUUUGGUUUCUUCCAUCACCAAAAACUGGACAUCAAUAUUUAAAUGGCUUCAUUCACACACAAGUUGGACAAUUGGCUUUGAUAUAUUGAUUUGGAAUUUUGGAUUGUGCUUUAGGCUUUUUCUCCUUUAGCUUGCCUCUUUAGGAGGAAAAAAUGCUUAGAGAAACAUUCUAAACUCCCUUCUCCUUUUGAAAAGGUUUUUCAUUCUCAUCACUAAUCUAUACCAAGAUGGUGGCCGAUAGGGUGUGUAAUAUAUAUUAGCUCGCUUAUCUAGUAACUAGUAGUUUUCAUAGCCUGUAAAUUUUAGCUCACUUUCCAUUCCAUUUUUGAAGUUGAAAAACCUUUUUAAGGGGACACAAAGAGAGGGAGAACACUAAGAACACAGAUCUAUGAUCCAUGGUCUUUUCGCUACAUGCUAUUAGAGGCGUUCCUUGAACAUAGGUCUUGCAUUGAUGAAUUAAAUGUCAACUAAACGGAUGUCUUGAUGGAGAAUCUCUAAUAUUUAAAAACACAGCUGAAGGGCAGGUUAUUUGAUUUUUUUGUUUUUGUUUUUGUUUUUGUUUGGGGUUUUUUGUUUUUGUUUUUUUCUUUGGGUUUUCUUUGUUUUUCUUUUUUAUUUUUUUUGGGGGGGAGGGUUGGUGGGUUUUGUUUUUAUUUUUUUUGCUACUUGCUUAAUACUUAAAUGCAACAUUAAAUUGGGGGGUUUCUGUUCAUUCAAAUUGGAAAUUUUCAAAAUUUCUCUAUUUCAGAAGAUGUUUUUGUUAAAUAAGUUUUCCCCCCACCUAGCAAGUAGCCUAAUUGUUACUAAGUCUAUACCAUUCCCCUCCCCAACCCCAAUUUUGGACCAAGUUUGCAUCCUGAAAAAAAAAUUAGACUUGAUCCUCAAUUUAUCAUUUGCCUUAAAAACAAACAAACAAACAAACAAACAAACAAACAAACAAACAAACAAACUUCUCAAAGGUCAUUUCUAAAUUUGGAAAAUGGGCUUACUGAACACGUUAAGAAAUGAAAAGUAAGCUCUGCUACCUUUGCUCUGAUUUGAGAUGGAGCAGAAUUUUAAAGUUUAACACUGACCUUUAGGAGCAUUUCAAUUGGCGAGAAAAGCUAGGGAACCUCACCCAGCUCCUAAGGACUGCUCGAAGGUUUGUAAGGUGGUGGUGGUGGUACACAUUCGGCCCCCUCUACUGCCCCGCUACUGGCAGACCUCGGCAGCAUUGUAAAUUGUGGAAGGGUGUGCGGUGGUAGUGUUUUUAUGUGUAUUCCAUAUACUCUAUGUCUUACAUGUUGUGUUACGUAUUAGUGUGUUGUGCAUAUGUUUAAACUGCUUCACCUCUUAACAUACAACCUGCAAAAAACAGUAUGCGGUUUCUAUAACAACUUAGCUUCUUGGUUUGGGUGUUAAAUCCAAUGUCCGUCAAUUUCCAAGCAAUCUUGAAGUACGGGCUAGCUAAAAAGCAACCAGCCAUUAUCAAAUGGCAGGUACUUUUUCCCAGCAUUCUUAACGUGCUGCUAACUAAAAGCCCAACCAUUAGCUAUCCAAGAACAGAUUUUUUUCCAAACAGUCUUAAAGUACACGUUAACAAGAAGCCCACCAAACUCCAAUAUAUAAUCAUUUCAUGUCCUACACCAUGUGCUUCUAGUGUCCAGCAGUCGUAAAGUACAUGCUAACUAAAAAACAAUCAUUAGAUGUCAAAGAACAUUUCAAGCUCUCUUAAAGUAUACACUAACCAAAACCAAGACAGAGCCCCCAGUACGAUCAUUUCAUGUCCGUCACCAUGUGCUUCUAGUGUCCAGCAGUUUCAAAGUACAUGCUAACUAGAGAAACAAUCAUUUGAUGUUGAGUACCAUUUCAAGCGCUCCUAAAGUGCAUGCUAAAAAACAAAGUCUAAUCAUCUAAUGUCAAAUAAUAUGUACUUUUAUUUUUGAGCUCUCUUAAAGUUCAUACUAAGUAAAAAAGAAUUAUUUGAAGUCAGAUAAUAUGUAUUUCUAUUUUCCAGCACGCUUAAAGUUCAUGCUAACUAAAAAGUAAUUAUUUGAUGUCAAAUAACAUUUUGAGCAGUCUUAAAGUACAUACUAUCUCUCCCCCCUCCAAAGCCCUCCUCACAAUCAUUUGAUGUCAAAUAACAUGUGGUUCUAUUUUUAAGCACUCUUAAAGUACAUGCUAACUAAAAAGUAAUUAUUUGAUGUUAAAUAAUACAUUUAUUUUGGAGCACUCUUAAGAGUAUAAGCUAUCUCCCCCCAAAUUCAACUAUUUAAUGCCAAAUAACACGUCUUUCUAUUUUUAACAUUCUUAAAAUACACCCUAGCUAAAAAAUAAUCAUUUGAUGUCAAAUAAUAUCCACUUUUAGUUUUGACCAAGAACAAUGUGAUCGGUUAAUGGCAAAUAACACGUGAUUCUCCUUUUGAGCAGUCGUAAGACGUGUGCUAACUUUAUAAAAGAAUAGAACUAAUUAUUUGAUGUCAAAUCAUGUUCUCAGAAGUCUUGAAGUACACGCCAACCCAAUCCAGCCCAAUCAUUUGAUGACAAAUAACAUCAACUUCUACUUUCAAGCAAUCUUAAGGUCCGGCCUAACUAAAAACCAAUUAUUUGAUGUCAAAGAACAUGUACUUCUGUAGAGCAGGCUUGAAGCUCAUGCUAACUCAAAACCAACUGGACAGAGUGAAGCCUCGCCCCUUUGUAUUUCCCACCCACCUAGAAGGCAGUGGUGGAGGGCUGGAGGCUGGAAGAUGGCAGGCUGGGCUACUUAGCUCCCUUCUGGCGGGUUUUGCUGAUGGCGAUUGUUGGUACACUUACUAGUUGCUGCUGGAGCAUAGACUCACCCAUUUCAAAAGUUGUAUUCCUUCUCUAAACCCCAUCCUAACGUGCGAUGUAGCUUUUGUUUGUUCUCUAACAACUCGAUAUUUAGAUAACCUUUUAUCAAGCUGUCUUUUUUCCUUAAAAACUAUAUCUAUAGUCAUUUGAGUGUUAAUCGUUCAGAAUUGUGAAAAAAGAAAAGAAGAGAAGAGAAAAGUGGAGUGGAAUGGGAAAAAAGAAUGUUAACAUUACUUUAUUUCCGUGUUCGGGAGGGAGGCUGUCAGCGCGCAACAGAGGCAACACUGUCAUAGUCUAUGCCCAUUUAUUAAUGGGCGGCCUCAAACACAACACACACACAUUUAGUAGCAGGUACGGCAUACGGAGCACACAUGCAAUCUUUUGGAACCUAUUAGUUUACAGACAAACAACUCAUUCAGUAUUGCGCUGGAAGAAGAGUUCCAAAAUAUCGACACACACAUAUAUGUGUAUAUUCCCUUCCAGCUGCCAGUUGACGCUGCUGUAGAGUAUAGAAACACCAAUGAUGGAAUGAUGUUUUGUGACCUGUAUAUUUCAUUUGCUAUUAUUGGACAUAGUAAUCUUUGUCUGUAAAAACUAAAACAUAGAUGGUGGAAAUUGUUGGCUAUUUCGCAAUUCUUGCUUCACAAAUAACGCUUCGACUUGUUUGGGCUUCGCCCUCCAUUGUAAAUAUCGUCACCAUGUUUUCUCUGUAAGCACAUUGCUUUGCGGUUUGGGGAGAGCGACUUGCAACUCUGUAUACUGUUCGUAUUUAUCAUACUUGGCUUUCCAUAGGGCUACUUGCAGUAAAUGUGUGUUCAUGUAACCCAA